AUGCCUACUCUACUUUUUCCACAAAAGCAGAGAAGAGAGAAGCUGGACAAACAAUUCGGGUGCUUUUUAGAAGUACUCAAGCAGGUGAAAGGGAAUAUACCUUUCCUAGAGGUACUUUCACAUAUGCCAGAUUAUGCUAAAUUCAUGAAGGAGAUACUGUUUAAGAAGCGGAAAGUGGAAGAGACAACGGCUGUCAAGCUAACAGAGCAUUGUAGUGCCAUUUUGCAAAAUAAGCUCCCUCAAAAGUAUGGAGAACUAGGGAGUUUUACUAUACCUUGCUAUUUAGGAACUACUAAAUUUCAACAAAAAUCUUUGUGCGAUUCUGGUGCUUCUAUUAAUCUUAUGCCUUUGUCUAUUUUCAUAAAAUUAGAGGUAGAGAUUGGAGAAAUCAGGUCGAUACCUGUGUCCUUGCAACUGGCGGAUCAGACCACAAUUAUACUAGAAAGAAUAGUGGAAGAUGUGCUAGUUUGGGUGGACAAAUUUGUGUUCCCUGUGGACUUCAUUGUGGUGAACAUGGAGGAGAAUAGGGAGGUCCCUCUGAUUUUAGGAAGAUCAUUUUUGGCCACGGGCAGAGCAAUUCUGGGUAUUCAGGAAAGGCUGAUUUUCAAGAUGGAAGGAGAAAGGGGGGCCCUAAAGGAGAAACUUAGAGAGAGUAAAACCGAUAAGUGUGGAUUGUACCGAAAGAAUGCGGAAAGGAAGCUCUCAGCACGGAUGUGCGCACUGGGUCGGGCGUGCAAAGGUGAUCACGACUUCAAUACAGACCCCGACUAG